UCAGUGUCGCCGAGAGGCCACAUCCACGGCCAGGUUAAACCGAGGGGCACGAGGAUGCGGGGAGUGGCCUCCGAGGGAGCCGAAUGAAGCGAACCCCCUUCAACGUUGUCACUUUCUCAACCUCCCUUCGGCAUAAGGAGGAGCCCCUUGUGCCUUUUGCAACCCUUCACAGCAAGAAAUGUAGCCUCCCAGGAAAGGAAGUGGAUCCGAAAGAUGUGAACCCCGAAUAUUCCCUGUUUGCCAAAGUGGAAUCUUUUGGCAAUCAGUGAACAUUGUUUACAACUCUGCAACAAGGACUUUUGUCAUCGUGAAUGUCGAAACGAGAUUUGGCGCUGGUGCCUUUUGCCACUCCUCGCAGCAGGAAAUGUAGCCUCUCUAAGCAAUAUGCAAGACGUCUGCAAGCAAGUCUUAUUCGCCCCUACCUGUCUUUCUCUCUCAGCUAUCCUCGUGUGACCAGCUGUUGGUUCUUUUCAGAAUGUUGCACCAGUCUUCGAUAAUCCGCUUUCCUCGUGCGUCGCACCAGUGAGUAACGUACUUGUCUGCGCACCUUGGCAUCUCCUGUUUCCAACCGUUUUCUCUAGAGCAAUGCAAAAGAAGUUGUAAUAUCCACUCUUCGUGCUGCAAAAGCUUCACAGCUGCACCUCUUCAAGUAUCAACGCUCCACAAUAGUGUCAUGUGGCAUAAGACACGCUGCAGCGUCUGCCCUGUCGUGUAUUUGCUUCUGGCACAGCUGCACAAUUGCGCCUCCCCUUGCACCUUGAAAUCUGCUCGAAACCCUACGAGUCGUGUGUGCGCUAUUGCGGAUUGUGACUAGAAGUGUCCUACCUGUUCCCGCCUCUGUGUUGCUGCCAUGGCCUUGUUCCUAGUGCAAUGUGACUUUGAUGGUGCACAGCCGUGCAAAAGUGAACGUGAAGUCUGCAAGACACUGGGGAGGCCUCACUGUACACCGUCGCCGCUGUCUUGUAUUCUGUGCAGCCCCUUGCUUUCGAUGUCGCUAUGAUGUAGCCCCUCAGAUCCAUGGGUCCCAUGGCUGGAGCUGGAGGCCAGAAGAUAAGGCAGCAGCUGAACACUGAGCUGCGGCUGAACACUCCUAUGACCUCCCUUUGCAAGAUGAGCUUCUGUCCCCCUUGAAAGGAGUGCGAGAAGGACAGACGGAGCGGAUCCCAUUACUUCCAGAGGGCAGAGAUUAAAAAGCCAGAAGAAUGAUGCAAGUAGUCCAGCCUCAGAAGCUGAGCUGCGGGAUGCAGGCGGACGAGGGCACCGACUGGCUUCUGGAGCUCUUGACCGAGGUCCAGCUGCAGCAGUAUUUCCUGAGGAUCCGCGAUGACCUCAACGUCACCCGCCUCUCGCACUUCGAGUAUGUCAAGAACGAGGACUUGGAGAAGAUCGGCAUGGGCAGGCCCGGUCAGAGGCGGCUGUGGGAAGCGGUCAAAAGGAGGAAAGCAGUAUGCAAACGGAAAUCCUGGAUGAGCAAGGUGUUCAGCGGGAAGCGGCCGGACUCGGAGUUUGUUCCCCACCCGCCGGGAGGUCUGUGCAAGAGGGCCACUCCACCCCUGCUGGACGAGAGCCAGCACCAAGCCUUGACCUGCUUGAUCAGCGAGAAGGAUCUGGUGCUCUUUGAGAAGCUGGGGGACGGCUCUUUCGGGGUGGUGCGGCGCGGGGAGUGGGGCGCUCCCUCCGGCAAACUGCUGAACGUGGCCGUGAAGUGCCUCAAGACGGACGUGUUGAGCCAGCCGGAAGCCCUGGACGACUUUAUCCGCGAGGUCAACGCAAUGCAUUCUUUGGACCACGUCAACCUCAUCCGCCUCUAUGGCGUGGUGCUCUCCAACCCCAUGAAGAUGGUGACGGAACUGGCACCGCUCGGCUCCCUCCUGGACCGCCUUCGCAAGAACCAGGGCCAUUUCCUGAUCGCCACCCUCUGCCUGUAUGCCAUCCAGAUUGCCCAGGGCAUGGCCUACUUGGAGUCCAAGCGCUUCAUCCACCGCGACCUGGCUGCCCGCAACAUCCUGCUGGCUGCCAACGACCUGGUCAAGAUCGGCGACUUCGGCCUCAUGCGGGCCUUGCCCAAGAACGAUGACCAUUACGUCAUGCAAGAGCACCGCAAAGUCCCGUUUGCCUGGUGUGCCCCUGAAAGCUUGAAGACCCGCACCUUCUCGCACGCCAGCGACACCUGGAUGUUUGGAGUCACGUUAUGGGAGAUGUUCACCUACGGACAGGAGCCCUGGGUUGGCUUGAACGGCAGCCAGAUUUUGCACAAGAUCGACAAGGAAGGCGAGCGGCUGGCCAGACCGGAGGACUGUCCCCAGGACAUUUACAACGUCAUGUUGCAGUGCUGGGCGCAUAAACCGGAAGACCGGCCAACUUUCGUAGCCUUGCGGGACUUUCUCCUGGAGGCGCAACCCACGGAUAUGCGAGCCUUGCAAGACUUCGAAGAGCCCGACAAGCUGCUCAUCCAGAUGAAUGAUAUCAUCACAGUCAUCGAGGGCAGGGCUGAGAACUACUGGUGGCGGGGCCAGAAUAAGCGGACCUUGAAGGUGGGCCAGUUCCCGCGCAACACGGUGACCUCGGUGGCGGGGCUCUCCGCGCACGACAUCAGCCAGCCGCUCAAGAACAGCUUCAUCCACACGGGACAUGGAGACACCAACCCCCAGCAGUGCUGGGGCUUCCCCGAUAAGAUUGACGAGCUGUACCUGGGAAAUCCCAUGGACCCUCCAGAUGUGCUAGGAGUGGACUUGAACGCAGCCAGACCCACCCAGCUCCCAGGAAGGACAAGAAGGGAGCCUCCUCCUCGGCCGCCUCAGCCUUCGAUCUUCCUAAAGAAACCGACCUACGAUCCUGUGAGCGAGGAGGACAACCCGCUCUCGGCAGGGCUCAAGCACCUCUGCCUGAAGAAGAAGCCGGGCCCGCCGCGAGGUCUCCGUCCCCCCAAGCCCUCGGCCUGCGUCUCGGGAACCAGGGCGGGCGAGAGGCUCCUCCUGCCCCGUACCAAGGGAGGAACCCAACCUGGUAACGAAGUGACACUGAUAGACUUUGAGGACGAGCCCGUCCCCACCACCCCUUCGCCCAUUGGGGAGCUCUGCGCCCCGUCUCUUGCCAAGCUGGCCAUGGAGGCGUUCUCCUUGUUGGACAAGACACCCCCGCAGAGCCCCACGCAAGGACUACCGCGACCCCUUCACCCCACUCCGAUCGUGGACUGGGAUGCCCGCCCUUUGCCUCCGCCACCCACUUACGACGACGUUGCCCAAGACGAGGAUGACUUCGAGGUGUGCUCCAUCAACAGCGCAGACGGUUUGGUCAGGCGGAGGAGCAGACGCAAAAGCUGGGAGAACGGGGAGACCAAUGGCGGCUUUGUGCCGGAGGGAGAGCGGGCGUCCCUCCCGUUAGACGACAACCUCUUCUUGCCGCCAAAGGAAACCAAGCAACCCAGCCCCGCUCAGACUACGGAGAUCUUCCAAGAGCUGCAGCACGAGUGCAUGAGGCACCUCAACGUCCCAUUGGGGGCCAACUCUGUGGCCUCCACUCCCAGUCCUGGAGAGGACAAGCCGCAGAUCCCCCCUCGCGUCCCUAUCCUGCCCCGACCGCUCCGCAAGAACGAACUCGGACGCUGGUCCGGGGAGCUCUCGCCGGCCUCCGGGGGCGAGGAGGAUCGCCCGCCCCAGAUCCCCCCACGAGACCCUUUGUCCCARCCAAGUUCGAGGACCCCCAGUCCCCGGGCCCUGCAAGGCGGGUCCCCGCAACCACGAGCCAACCUCUGCUCCCCGCUCUGCUCCCUGGGCUCCUUCCURUCCACGUCGCCAGGGAAGCAGCCCAUGCCCACCACGCAGAGCUUCGCUUUGGACCCCAAGUACGCCACGCCGAARGUGAUCCAGGCCCAAGGGAAGGAGUGCUCCAAAGGGCCGUGCAUCUUGCCUAUCGUCAAGGAUGGGCGGAAGGUCAGCAACACCCACUACUACCUGCUCCCGGAGCGGCCCCCUUACCUGGACAAGUACGAGAAGUUCUUCAAGGAGGCCAAGACCCCCGAGGAAGCCCCGGCACCCACCAGGGUGGUCACCACCGCCACCGUGCGGCCCAUGAUCCAGCAACAGCCGGACUGUCGGGGCAACUUCUCGUCCAACAACAGCAACGUCACUUUCAAGGCCACUUGUGGCCUUCAGAAGAUAAUCUACGAUGGCUCUGAGGGCCCUCGUCCUUCAGACAAGAUACGGCUGGUCCAAGAGACGGUGCAUGGCGUCACCACGGAAGAAUGCCAGGCAGCUUUGCAAAACCAUAAUUGGAACGUGCAAAAGGCCAUCCAGUACCUGAAGGUGGAGCAGCUCUUCUGCCUGGGGCUCAAGACCCGGCUGGAGUGCCAGAAGGUGCUGGAGAUGUUCGACUGGAACCUGGAGCAGGCCAGCUCCCACCUGCUGGACCCCUACAACGCCUUCCGGCUCAAGCGAUGACCAGCGAUGGUCCUUUGAAGCAGAAACGGAUGGCUCGCGUGGGGCUUCCACAGUUGGGACUUCUCCAGAAGAGACUCUCCUUCUGGGCCUUUGGACCGGGAGCCGCCUCCAAAGCCGAGCGGGACGGGACCGAGACAAAGCGAGACUGUGGCUGAGGAACGCCACUGUGAAAUGCUGGGCCAAACCCAAAUGCACCGACCCCCUCCCUCUGCAAACGCCGACAAUUGCGCCCCCUUUUUUCCUCCGAUGCUGGCAGCUCCGCGUUGGCUUGCACCCCCUUUCCCCCCCCCCCUCAGCUUCCCACCUUUGCGCCCUGUUGCUUGCUGUUGGAUUUAUUUUGUAAAGAGAAGUGUUACAUUAAUAUAUAAAUAUUCUAUUCUA